AUGAGCGUGUACGACGCCGCAGUGUCGAGUGUGACCACCGCGACCACCGCAGACUCGCUCAGCCUCACCACUCCCACCCCGACACCCUCCCCACCCCAUCUCGUCUUCUACCAACAUCCUCAACCACAACAACAACUCAUCUACCACCAACCACAACAGGGCAUCCCCUUCUUCGAGCCCCUGCCCCAGGCUCACACCCAACCACCCUUCGCCUGCUCCAUGGCUCCAAGCCAGCAGCAGCACAACCCCUCCCCCUGGCCAAGAAAUGCACGCGAGCCAUCCGAACCGAGUGUCUCCGCGACCACCUCGUCAGGUUCCUCCCCCCGAACUGCUCCGCAACCACACACCAUGACCCAGCAACUGCCCCCAAACUCCAACAAGCAGCCAGUCGCACCCGCUCCCCCGGCACCGGCACCCGCUUCAGCAAACCAGACCACCGCCCCGAGCUCGAGCAACUCGACCCCUCAACCAAAGAAUACGAAACGCGGCCCGGACGGCAAGGUCACCCGCAAAAAAGUGGCAAAGGCCUGUCUCGCCUGCCAGAAGAGCCAUCUGACAUGCGACGAGUCACCGCCGCCACCACCGCAACCGCAGCCGCAGGCGUCGAUCCCACCACCGCCAAGUGGCUUCUCGGGCUCGCCGAACAACCACCCCUUCGGCGGCGUCAACAUCAACAUGCUUCCGGGUGUCCUCCCGCUGCAACAAGUGCAGCCAGAACGCAUUCCGGAUAACAUUUGGCUGACGACGCCAAUGGUCGAAGCGCAGCCUCCGCCGCAGCCGCUACAGGACUGGAAUUUGCAGCAGAACAAUGAGCCGUUCAACUUUACGUCAACGGCCGCCGCCAACCUCGAGUAUGAGAUGUUCGACUCGAUGUUUGCGUCCCUGUCUCCGAGCUUCCCGUUGGGCGACAUCGCGGCGCCGCCCGGCAACACUGGUAGCACGACCGAUGGCUCCACGCCGACGAUAUGGAGCAAUCUCGGGUUCACGGAUCCAAACGGCCCCGCCAGCGACGGAACGGUCAUGCAGAACCAGGACUCGAACAUGUCCAUGCCCAUGAUGGGCCAGAACCAGAACCAGGGUCAGGGACAGAACCAGGGCCAACAGCAGCAGCAGCAGCCGAUGGAGUACACGAACUCGAACGGGUGGCAGCCGGAGCCGCAACAGCAGCAGCAGCAGGAACAGCCGCAGCAACAGCCUCCGCAGCAGCAGCAGAACCACGACGGUGUCCCGAAGAAGAUGACGCCGGAGGAGCUGUAUUCGACUGUGGUCAAGCCGUACGACUACACUGAGGGCUACCACAACCUGAUCAGCUACCUGGAGAGCAAUUUCGAGAAGCCCGACUUUAUCCGUGUCGUGAAGGCGUUAGCCGCGUUCCGGCCGUCCCUGAUCGCGCUCCAAGUGGGCAUGACGGAGGAGGACGACGUGUUCGUCGAGCGGUCGUUCCAGCGCACGCUGAUCGAGCUCGACAAGCUGAUCAGCUACUCGGCGACGCCGACAGCGGUGUGGCGGCGAACGGGCGAGAUUGUGUGCGUCGCGCCGCAAUUUUGCCAACUCGUCGGCCAGAGCGAGGAGCAGCUCGUCGGGCAGCGCACGCCUAUCUGGCGCCUGCUCAGCAAGGCGAGCACGACGGCGUACUGGGAGAACUUUGCGGAGCACGCGUUCGAGAACUCGACGCAAAACUUCUUCCAGGCCACCACGCUCGAGACGCCAAAGGGCAGCAUUCCUUGCGCCGCGUCGUUCACGAUCAGGAGGGACACGUUUGACCUGCCCAGUGUCAUCAUUGGACAGUUCCUGCCAAUCCCGCCAGAGGCCAUGUAA